UAUAUUUUUCUUCCAUUUUAAAUCGAUUUUAUAUAAAAUGACAAACUUACCAUCAAUUCAAUAUCAGUUUGAUUCAAUCAAUCCGAACAGUAUCAUUUCAAACGCAUUCAGUAUGAAAUUCUUCAUUGCAUUCUUCUUGGUUGCUGCCAGCAUUGCUCAGUGUCUUUCGGCUUCAGUUCAAGGACAACUAUUAGAUAACCAACAACAACAAGGACUCAAUGAGAAUUUGGAAGCUUUGAGAGUUAGGAAAGCAGCUUAUGGUGCACCAGCACCAGCUCCAUCAUACGCUGCCCCAGCUCCAUCAUACUCAGCACCACCAUGCCCAAAUAAUUACUUGUUCAGCUGCGGACCACAUGUAUCACCUGUUCCAUGCUCAUCAGCCCCUUCCGGAGGUUACCAAGGAUCUUAUUCUGAGAAUAUCCCACAAUAUCUUGCUCCACAAUACAUGGCUCCAAGACAAUACGCAUAUCCUCAAUACGCUUUUCCAGUUAUCACCGAAGUUUAAACAUACUUAUGAGAUUUGAAGAUGUUAACCAACUUUAAUAGAUUUAUUUAAUCAAUAAAAAUAUAAUGCAUUUUUGUACUGAAUUUAAA